GGUUCUCCCAGAUAGAUAGAGAUGGAUUAUAGAGAAAGAGAAGGGAGAGGUAGCCCAUUGCUUGAAGAAUCAAGACCAAAUAGAAAAGCAACGCCAGCACAAACCCUAGGCAACGUUCUUGUGUCCGUGCUCGGCACGGGCGCUUUGGGCCUUCCUUAUGCUUUUAGGGUUGCAGGUUGGUUAUCUGGUUCUCUCGCCCUCGUCGUUGCUGCCAUUGCCAUGUAUUACUCCAUGCUUCUCCUUGUACAAUGUAGAAAAAAGAUAGAAGAGGAUGCACAAGAUGACAUGCCACAAUCGCAAACCUACGGAGAUGUAGGAGCUAAGGCCUUUGGAUUAACUGGUCGCUUUAUCACUGAAUUUCUUAUCCUUGUAUCCUACAUCGGAAGCUCUGUCGCAUACUUUCUCUUUGUGGGCCAAAAUCUCUCCUCAGCACUCAACUCCUUCACUACUACACAUUAUUACCCCCCUUCGUCCUUCAUAUUUUUCUUCAUCCUCCCUUUACAAAUCGCUCUCUCCUUCAUCCGCUCCAUCUCCCUUCUUUCUCCUUUUAGCGCCUUUGCUACUCUUUGCAAUGUAUUUGCCAUGUUUAUCGUGAUGAAGGAAGACGCGGAAAGGCUUGUGGACAAAGGAUUUGAUUCUAGGAUAGCUUUUAAAGGAUUGGGGGCUAUACCUUUUGUUUUGGGAGUUGCAGUUUAUAGUUUGGAUGGCUCUGGAAUGACUCUACCACUUGAGGCUUCGAUGUCUAAGAGGAGGAAGUUUCCAACGGUUCUGUUGCAGGCAUUUGUUGUGGUUGUGCUUCUGAGUAUAUGCUUUGGGGUUUCUGGUUAUAUGGCUUAUGGUGAAGAGACAGAAGAGAUAAUUACCCUGAAUCUUCCUAAUAAUUGGUCUGCAUUGAGUGUUAAGUUGUGCCUCUGUGUUUCUAUCGCAUUCGUCUUCCCGAUGUCUGUUCAUCCCAUCCACGAGAUCACAGAGAGGAAGCUCAUUUCAAGCCCAUGGUCUCAAAAGAUCUGUGGAAAUUCACAGGCCAAAGGUUGGUUGCUCUCUCAGAUUUCUCGCAUUCUCGUGGUCGUGGCCUUAGCCAUUUUGGCUACCUCGGCCUCAGGCUUCGCUCAACUGAUGUCACUUACAGGAGGCACCGUCUGUUCUCUGCUUUCUUUUGUUCUUCCUGCGUCAUUUCAUCUAAAGCUUAUGAGUUCUUCCCUCAAAUUCUGGCAGAAGAUGAUUGAUUACUUCUUACUCUUUGUGGGGUUUGCGUUUGCUUUCUAUAGUACUUAUCGCGCUAUUUUUGGCUGUGCCGUUGGUUCAUAAUUGUGAUCUUCCUGUAUGGA